GGUGCAGCUCGGCUUGUAUUUAUCAUAUAUUUGGCAAAUAGUAGUGUCAAUUUUUUUAAAACCAAUAACAAUAUAUUCGUAAGCGUGUAUUGAUAUUCAAAUAUUUCAAAAUGAAAUUGGUGAGAUUUCUGAUGAAACUCAGUCACGAAACUGUAACAGUCGAAUUAAAAAAUGGAACUCAAAUCCAUGGAACAAUUACUGGAGUAGACGUAGCCAUGAAUACACAUCUCAAAAGUGUUAAAAUGACCAUCAAAAAUAGAGAUCCAGUGCACUUGGAAUCCUUAAGCAUUCGUGGCAACAAUAUACGAUACUUUAUAUUACCGGACAGUCUGCCACUGGAAACUUUGCUUAUAGACGAUACUCCAAAGUCAAAAUCCAAGAAAAAGGACAGCGGGCGUGUUGGAAAUCGUGGAAGAGGCAGAGGCAGCCGUGGACGUGGUGGUCCACGAGGACGUGGACGAGGCAGGGCACCAGCCAGACGUUAAGUAUAAAGUACAGAAAAUAAAAAAAGAUAACCUAUGUAUGAAAAAUAAUUACAAGCGCCCGGUACAAAUAACAUGAGGGCACUUUUUGAAAAAAAUUCUAUUCUAUGAUAAGCAUUUGGUGUUGCCCACUCAAAACAAACGUGAAAAUAAAACUUACAU